AUGGCAGCACCGAGACAGCGCUCAUCAGUCACCAAUGACCUUCUGAUGACCUCUGACUCCGGUUCUACUUCGCUCCUUAUCCUUCUCGACCUCUCUGCUGCAUUUGAUACUGUUGAUCAUCACAUCCUCCUUCACCGCCUCCAACACGAUACAGUUGCCCCCGUCAAAAAUCGUAUCCCCUCGGAGUAUCCACGAGGUCGGGGCGACGUCCUCGGCAUUCUCCUGCUUCCGCCUUCCCCUCUCUACUCUGCCAGGGUAUCCGCCCUGCGCUCCGUCGCGGGUCGCUGGCAGGACGCUGGUGUGUCAGCUGGAUGUCGCCUUCUCCGGCGGGGGAUCCUGCCCUGCCCUGGGCUUGGUGGGCCGUUAAUGGAUGCGGGUGGCCCGGGGGACCACCCUGAAUCCCGGGGCUGUGACGAUGGCUCCUUUGCUGGGUUGCGGGAGGACGGAUUGGUUGUACUGCCCCCCCUCCCUCCCCAGGCAGGCUGGGUGGGGGCUGUGGUCCUGGGGUUGAGCCCGCUCAGCAUCUCGGCCCGUCUGCGUGGCUGCCGUGUUUUUGGUAGGGUUCACGUCCGACUGGAUGUGAUUGGGCGCACUCGGGGUUUCGUUAAAGUAGUGAAGAACAAGGCGUACUUCAAGAGAUACCAAGUCAAGUUUCGUAGGAGGAGAGAGGGGAAAACUGACUACUUUGCCCGCAAGCGCCUUGUCGUCCAAGAUAAAAACAAGUACAACACGCCAAAGUAUCGCAUGAUUGUCCGCUUCACCAACCGGGACAUCAUCUGUCAGAUCGCUUACGCUAAGAUCGAAGGGGACAUGAUUGUGUGCGCGGCGUACUCGCACGAGCUGCCCAAGUACGGCAUCGCCAAUGGUUUGACAAACUACGCGGCGGCCUACUGCACCGGUCUGCUGCUGGCUCGCAGGCUCCUGAACAAGUUCGGCUUGGACAAGGUGUACGAGGGCCAACUGGACGUGAACGGUGAGGAGUUUAACGUGGAGAGCAUCGACGGGCAGCCUGGCGCCUUCACCUGCUACCUGGACGCCGGCCUGGCUCGCACCACCACCGGCAACAAGGUGUUCGGGGCUCUCAAGGGCGCCGUGGACGGAGGUCUCAGCAUCCCCCACAGCACCAAGCGUUUCCCUGGCUACGACUCUGAGAGCAAGGAAUUCAACGCCGAAGUCCACCGCAAGCACAUUCUGGGCAUCAACGUGUCCGAGUAUAUGAGCAUGCUGAUGGAGGAAGACGAGGAAGCCUACAAGAAGCAAUUCUCGCGCUUCAUCAAGAAUGGCGUGGCUCCCGAUAUGAUUGAGGAAUUGUACAAAAAAGCGCACGCUGCCAUCCGUGAGAACCCAGUCCAUGAAAAGAAGCCUCCCAAGGAGGUGACAAAGAAGAGGUGGAAUCGUGCCAAGAUGUCUCUGGCCCAGAGGAAAGAUCGCGUCGCCCAGAAGAAGGCAAGCUUCCUUCGGGCUCAAGAAAAGGAGGAAACAGAGUGA